AUGGCGGCCGCGGCGCUGGGGGCGGCUUGGCGCGCGCUGCGCCCCGCGAGCGGGCUCCUGGGGGCGCGGCCUACGCAGACGAGGGACGCACGGCGGCGGGCCUCCCUGCUGUCCUUCUGGGGCCUCGUGCCCAUGAGAGCAGAGCCUCUGCGGAAGAAGAAGAAGGUGGACCCCAAGAAAGACCAGGCGGCGAAGGAGCGCUUAAAAAAGAGGAUCCGGCGACUGGAGAAGGCGACACAGGAGCUGAUUCCCAUUGAGGAUUUUAUCACCCCAGUCAAGUUCUUGAAUCAAGCGAGGCAGCGGCCGCCAGUGGAGCUCCCCUUUGAGGAGAGCGAGCGGAGAGCCCUGCUGCUCAAGAAGUGGUCGCUGUACAAGCAGCGUGAGCAUGAGCUGGAGAGGGCCGCCAUCGCGUCCCUGCUGGAGGCCCAGCGGGAAGCUCUGCAGGAGCUGGAGCUCACGGCUCCGGAGCUCCACGCCGAGGCCAUCAAGCGGGACCCCAGCUUGUUUCCUUUCGAGAGGUACGGGCCAGACUACACGCCGCCCGUCGCCAACUACCAGCCCCCGGAAGGCAGGUACCAGGACGUCACCAAGGUGUACACACAGGUGGAGCUCAAGAGGUAG